AUGGAUUUCACGUUAACAUCAUAUUUCAACUCAUUUGAUCUUGAUAAAGAUUAUACUGUUGAGUUUUCAGAUAUUGAAUCCAAGUUAGAAACCAUCACUUAUGCCUUAGCCAAUACUCCUGAUAUACUAGACCACGAUACUGAGUUAUUUGAUGAUGUAAUAGAGUUAUCUCAUGGGUUUAAAUCUUUAGAACAGAAACAACAGAAACAACUUAUUUAUUUGAUAAAUUCUUCCAUUACAACCAUUGCUCAAUCAACUUAUCUUGCUAUUGAAAAUGGAGAAUUUCUUGAUUCAAUUAAUUCAAUAAAAUCAACUUUAGAAAAAUAUGGUUAUUUAAUGUUUGUAAUUUUGAAAUAUUUAGGUAAGGAUGACUUCUCACAUAUUGGUGGUAGAUCUCAGAAGACCGUACCUGUUGAAGAAAUGUCGAUUUGGAAAUCAAAUUGUGAUGAGGUAACGAAUAGUUUAAAUGCAAUCAUAAAUGUUUUAAAACUUGGUUUGACGAAAAUCUUCAUAACUACCCCUGAACGAAACAGUUAUAUUGAAUUAUUCACUAGACCAAUCUUCAAUCUUAUGGAAAGUCCAGAAAGAAUGAAAAUUAUCACAAUAAAGAAUUUAAUCUUUGAAACUAUUGCUAUAGCAGUAGAAGAACAUGGUCUUGGAGUUAUUGUACAACAUUCCAUAAUUCAAUGUCUUACUUAUUAUCCACAUUUACCCCCCUACAUGGCUUCACUUUUACAUUUAAUUGCUGAAGAAUAUGAUUAUGUCUAUUUAACAGAUGAAGUACUUCGAGAAAUUUCUCAAACUCGUUUUAGUUCAAAUGAUACUAUUGGACCUCGUGCAAUUUCAGAUUUUUUAAUUGCCCUUUCUGAAUUAAAUCCAAGAUUAAUCCUCAAACAAAUGACAAGUAUUGCCCAAUUAUUAGAUAAUCCAAUACAUACAUUAAGAUGUUCUGUAGUUGAGGCAUGUGGGAACAUUGUGGUUGAUAUUAUCAAACAUCAAGAUGAAGAACCACAAGACAUGGAAGAAGAAGAACAAAAUAUUGGCACUUCACCACAACAAAUAGAAAAACUUCUUGAUUUAUUACAAGACCGAUUCUUGGAUCAAAAUCCCUAUGUGAGAACCAAGGCUUUCCAAGCAUUAGCAAAAGUCGCAGGAUUGAAUGCAAAACUUACCACAAGGAGACAAACAAUGAUGAUGCUUGCUGUUAGAUCAUUGGAUGAUAGAAGUACUUUGGUCAGACGUAAUACUAUUAAGUUAAUAUCUAAAUUGGUAUUAAAUCAUCCAUUCCAAGGUCCUCAUGGUACUCAACUUGGAUAUACCUUUUGGAAAGCUCAAUUAGACGAAGCAGAGGCUGAACUAACUAAAUACUUACCACUUUCUCCUCAAAAACCAGCUCCAAUUGAAAAUAAUGAUGAAAUAGAUGAAGAUGGGGCAGACAUUAAUCUCAGUCAAAUAGCUGAAGAAGACGAAGAAGAAGAUGAAGGAGAUAAAAUUGAAACAGAUCAACCUAGUGAAGAAGGUUCAGAUGAAGAUGAGAUAGAUCACGCGGCAACAUCUAUGAUAAUCGAACAAGAACAAAACCUACCAGAUAAAACCGUCUUAUAUCGAGCAAAAUUAAAACACAGCUAUUAUAAAGAUGCCGUUGAUUUCGUCCAAGCAGUCCAACACGGAACCGAAGUCGUCUCUCGCCUUCUCUUUUCCAAAAACAGAAAUGAAGCCAUUGAUUCCAUGGAUUUCUUAGUGCUUGCCGACGCUUAUGGAGUCGAGAAUGCAAAAUUUGGAAUCCGGAAAAUGCUUCAUUUAGUCUGGAUGAAGGGGAAUUCCGAUGAAGGAAAAUCAGUUCCUGACCAUUUGAUUGAUUGUUAUAAGGCGUUGUUUUUGACUGUGCCCGAUAAUGAAAAUAGAAUAGAGAUGGCCGCACAUGUGGCUAUGAAUUUGGUGGGGUUGACUUUUGAUGCAUCGAUUGCGGAUUUGGCAUCAUUGGAGAAAUUAUUGGGAUUGAUGUAUUCGACGCAUUUGAUUAAGCAGGAGGUUAUAAGGACCUUGUGGCAGAUUUAUAGUAUGGAGAAUGAGGAUGAAGAUGAAACAUUUGGGAAGAAACGGAGGGGGGCCGUUAUGAUAUUGGGGAUGCUUGCUGUAGAAGAUAAUGAAAUUGUGGUUCGUGGGUUGGAUUCAUUGUUGAAUGUUGGAUUAGGUGAACGGGGGAAGAAAGAUUUAGGAUUGUGUAAGUAUACAUGUAUUGCGUUACAAAGAAUUGUUCCUAGUCCUAGUAAGCAGAAUCUUUUGACUAAUAUUAGAAUCACUCGUGAAGAAGAAGCUAUCGAGAAGUUGAAAUCGGUUUUAUUGGAAUAUAAUACGAAUCCAGAAUGGUAUGCAGUUGCAGAACAGGCUAUUGGUGCUGUAUACCAAGCAUCAUCAAACCCGGAUGGAGUUUGUUCGGAUGUUAUCAAAGCUAAAUCAAUGGCUGUAUUUGUGGAAAAUAAUAACGAUCGUGAUGAAUCACAAGUGGUCGCACUUUCACAAUUAUUGUUUAUUGUUGGACAUGUUGCAAUUAAAACAAUUGUACAUCUUGAAAAACUUGAAGCUCAAUUUAAGAAGAAGAAACUUGAAGCUGAAGCCAAAAAGAAAGCAGCGGUUAUAAAUGCUCGAAAUGGAACUGAUAAUAAUUCAAAUGAACAAACUCCAGAGAAUGAAUUGGAAAUGAUUGGAGGAACUUCUGAAGAUGAUUUCACCGAUGCUGUUGUCCAUGUGAAAGAACGAGAAUUAUUAUAUGGACAAUAUUCCCUUUUGGCAAGGUUUGGUCCGCUUGUCAAUAAGAUUUGUUCCGAUAAUAAGAAUUAUGAUGAUAAGACACUACAAAGAUCUGCUGUUUUAUGUUUAGUUAAAUUAAUGUGUGUGUCUUCGAUAUAUUGUGAACAAAAUUUACCAUUAUUACUUACCAUUAUGGAAAAGUCAGAUGAUCCAUAUAUUAGAUGUAAUUGCGUCUUAGGAUUAGGUGAUAUGGCUGUUUGUUUCAAUAAUAUUGUUGAUGAAAAUACUGACUUCAUCUAUCGUCGUCUUACUGAUGAGAGUAUUAUGGUUCAACGUACUUGUUUAAUGACAGUUACGUUUUUGAUCUUGGCAGGACAAGUGAAAGUCAAGGGACAAUUGGCAUCUAUGGCGAAAUGUCUUGAAAAUCCAGAUCAAGGUAUUAGUGAUAUGUGUAGAUUAUUCUUUACUGAAUUGGCAACGAAGGAUAAUGCCAUUUAUAAUGGAUUUAUUGAUAUAUUUAGUGGAUUAUCAACCGAUGAAAGUUUAUCAAAGGAAGCUAUGAAGAGAAUUGUUAGAUUUUUGAUUUCAUUUAUUGAAAAGGACAGACAUCAAAAACAAUUAUCAGAGAAAUUAUUGGUAAGAUUGAAUAAAUGUCAUAAUGAACAAGAAUGGAAUGAUGUUGCUUUUGUUUUGAAUAGUAUACCAUAUAAGAAUGAAGCCAUUUCAACUGCUUUAGAUGGAGGAUAUAAAUUAGUUCUGGCAAAAGAUUGA